GAACGAGAGACGGAAGUGAAGCCAUAGGCUGGAGGCAAACGCUGCCCCUUCCCUCGGCGGCUAGUUCUUGCGUUCCGGCAUGCCAUCUCCUUACGCCUCCCGGUUGCUAAGCGGCGACUGAAUUGAAAACGAGUCGGAGGCGCGAAAGAGCUGCGGGCCGGCGGGAGUGGGAGGAGGAGAACCUGCCUUCUGGCGUGGCUCUUUGGCGUCCGAUAAAGGAAGGCGGCUUCGGACGUUACCAGCUGUGCUUGCUUCUUCUGGAGCGGAUAAAGCCAGACUUUUUGGGCUCGGUAGCCGCUGCCCCGAAUGAAAAUGGGCGCUAAGUCUGACCAGCUCCUCAUUGUGGUCUCUAUCUUGGAAGGGCGUUAUUUCCCAAAACGUCCAAAGCGUAUGCUGGUGGUAGAAGCAAAGUUUGAUGGCGAACAUUUAGCUACAGAUCCCGUAGAACAUACUGAUCAACCAGAAUUUGCCACAGAAUUAGCUUGGGAGCUUGAUAGGAAAGCACUUCAUCAACACAGAUUACAGCGUACGCCUGUCAAGUUGCUGUGCUUUGCUUUGGAUUCUGUAUCUUCAGUUAAAGAGACGAUAGGUUAUAUUGUGCUAGAUUUAAGAACUGCUCAAGAGAAAAAGCAGCCAUCAAAAUGGUAUCCUUUACUCAGCAACAGAUAUACAAAAUUUAAGCCUGAAUUGCAACUAAAUCUGAUGUUAGAAACUGACACCAAAGCAUCCAUUGAUGGUUUUAAAGCAAGGGAAGCACCUCCCAGAGAAAUGGCGGUAUCUUUUCAGUUUCCUGGAUUGGACCCCAAAAAUCUUAUACCUGUGCUAAAUGAAGAGGAAGGAUAUCAUCAAAUUGGACCAGCAGAAUAUUGUCGUGACUAUUUUGUUUUGUCAGUUACUAUUGCAUUUGCUACACAGUUAGAACAGUUAAUACCUACAACAGUGAAAAUUCCAGAACGAAAGCCUGAGUUCUUCUUUUAUUAUUCACUACUUGGUAAUGAUGUUACCAAUGAACCAUUUUCCGACCUGAUGAAUCCAAACUUUGAACCAGAAAGAGCAUCUGUUAGAAUACGCAGCAGCAUUGAAAUUCUAAGAGCAUAUUUUUUUGCUCACUCAAAGUUGCAGAUUCAUCUCUGCUGUGGGGACCAAUCUCUUGGAAGUACUGAAAUUCUUUUAACUAGCUUAUUAAAGAAAGGAAGUGCCGAAAUUUUCCAGCAUCCAGUAGCUAUAGAAGGAGCAUUUAUUCUUGUUCCACCUAAUAGAGCUCGGCAAAAACUGCCACCCAUGCCUUUGGAUAUGGCACCUACUGUCGGAGUAUCAGUUUCACUUCAAAAGGAUGGCAGAAUUUGUCAGCCUAUAAUCCAACCAGCUGCAAAGCCUGAGACUGAAAAUGUGAAAAGAGACUUGUCUCCAAUACCUGAUAAAGGAGGGAGACCUGAAAAUGGCUCUCAAGAUAUCCUACCUCAGACACAGCAUUCGCCUCCCAUAAAAGAAGAUGCUACAGAAAGUGAAGUAGAAAGUAUUCAAUAUGACAAAAAUCCAAAAUUACAGAAAAAAGCUUUGAAAAGUAAAAUGCCUGCUUCUCAGACUCAACAUCCCAGUACUUCUGAAUCCACUACAGGACAAAAAAUUGCUGUUCCUGCAUCAUCCCAUCAUUUUUGUUUUUCGAUAGAUUUACGAGCUGUCCAUAAUCUGGAUGCUGGAUUUCCUGUUAAUUGUAUGUUAAGGUAUUCAUACCCAUUUUUUGGCAGUGCUGCACCCAUUAUGACAAAUCCUCCUGUGGAAGUAAGAAAAAACAUGGAAGUAUUUCUUCCACAGUCUUACUGUGCAUUUGAUUUUGCAACUAUGCCCUAUCAGCUUCAAGAUACCUUUUGCAGGUUACCAUUGCUAGUGGAACUGUGGCAUAAAGAUAAAACAACUAAAGACUUGCUUCUAGGAGUUGCAAGACUCCAGCUUUCAAAGGUUUUGUCCAUGGAAAAAACACGUUUUCUGGGAGGAAAUGGCGAGCAGUGUUGGCGUCAGACUUUCAGUGAAACUAUUCCUUUUACAGCAGCACAAGGGCCAAGCAACAAGAUUGCAGAUCUUUCAUAUAUAGUGACUCUAGAAGAUUAUGGACUGGUGAAAAUGCACGAAGUACUGGUGUCUGAUUCUUCUCGGUGUUUAGGUGCCGAUGAGGUACUAGGUGUUCCGAAAGUACAGCCUGAAGUCCAUACUGAACCAAGAGAAACUCUGGAAUAUAAAGCAGCACUUGAACUAGAAAUGUGGAAGGAACUACAGGAAGAUCUUUUUGAGAAUCAGUUGAAGAAGAAGGAGUUGGCUCAUAUGCAGGCACUGGCAGAAGAGUGGAAAAAAAGGGAUAGAGAAAGAGAAGCCUUGGUAAAGAAAAAAGUUGCAGAGUAUACAGUUUUGGAAGAAAAACUUCAGAAAACUUUAACUGACUUAGAAAAACGUGAAAAACAGCUGGUCAGUGCUGAAGCUGAGCUCCAGCGGUUAAAGAAGGAACUCCAAGCAGAACAUGAACGAAAUCAGCAAGAAGUUCAGGAUACAAUACGACGAGUCAGACAAGAAUGUGCACACCAGAUUGAGCUGGAAAGGGCGAGAAUUAGGCAAUUUGAAGAGGACAAGAUCCGUGCACAAGAACAACUAUAUGAGACAGAAAACAAGCAUAAGGCUCUGGAGAAAGAAUUUCAGCAAUAUAAGGAGCAACAGAGUAACCGACCGGAAAUCCGACUGCAAUCAGAAAUAGGCAUUCUAACUUUAGAGAAGGGGGAUCUUGAAAGAAAGUUGGAAUCGGCUACUAAAGCAAAACUACAUUACAAGCAACAAUGGGCACGAGCUUUGAAGGAACUAGCAAGACUAAAACAGCGUGAGCAAGAGAAUGCUAUGGCCCGUCUUAAAAAGCAGCAGCAAGAACUUGAACACAUGAGACUUCGGUACCUUGCAGCAGAAGAGAAAGAAUUAGGGAAGACACAACGGCAAGAGCUAGAGGAUAUCAGAAAUGAACUGAACAGAUUGAAACAAGAAGAAGACAAGAAAAAAUCACAAGAUGGCCAAGAGUUGUUGGGAGUCCAAUUGCAAAAUGCUCACUCUGGGAAAGGAGACGAAGCUUUGGAUGACUACCUUGCACGUCUAAUAGAGGAGAGGGAUACCUUGUUGAGAACAGGUGUUUAUAAUCAUGAAGAUCACAUCGUAAGUGAGCUUGAUCGUCAAAUCAGUGAAGUGCUUAUAAAAAGAAAUAGAAGCAAGUAGCAGGACUCAGAGAAUUGGUCAUAUAUAUAUAUAUAUAUGUGUGUGUGUGUGCAUUUUUUACUUCCAAAAUUCAAGUUUCA